UUCCAAGCAAGAUAAUUAUCCCAGCACCAGCAAAGUCUCUAAAUUAGAUUGCAAAAUACACAAUACAAUGAUGAACAGUGUGGCAGACUGGCUCGUGCAGAACAGGGACAAGAUUGAGAAAGGUGUGGAGAUCAUGGGCCAGGCCUCCGAGGUGCUGGCUUCCACCGUGGGCCAGCUUCACCCUGUCUUGGAGGCCGUGUUCGUGGCCUCGGCCGAGCUCCUCAGCAACCCGGAAGGCAAAGAGGCUCGCUACCUGACGCAACAAUUUGAACUGGUGAACCAACAGCUUGAGGGGAUCCAGGAUGAGAUCGAUAAAAUCGCCCUGGAGCUGCAGAGGACAUCCAUGAACAAGCAGAACUUUGAUCGAGAGGCGCAGAUGCUCAGCCAGUAUGAAAAGUUCCAGGACUUUGUCAAUGCCAAGCCAAAGUUCAAGGAGAAGAAGAAGGAGAAGUUCCUCAGCCAUUUUGAGAACACCGAUGGCGAUUUGAACCUGGAUGCCCUCUACAACGCUGUCACCGGGGAGAACACCGCUGGAGACCCAAUGCUGGAGACGGUGGUCACCACUGAGCAGAGAAGCAGAAGAGCGGUGGAGGAUUUCUGUGCUCGGCUGAAGAAGCUGUUCGUGGUGGGGAUUAUUGCCGUCAUGGGCCAUGCUGCCUUGAAGGAGGGAGCAGUCGGGGAGGAGAUGGUGAAGAAGUGGCAGCAGCGAAUGGAGGAUGUGGAGAAGAGAAUGAAAGCAGCAGUGGAUGACUGUACAGAGAACUUUGCCGAACAAGCCAAGGUGGACAUGGAGCACCUGCUGCAGGAGAAUCCCGGCACUGUAGACCAAGACUUCACCAAAACCCUGCUGGAUUCACUGGUUAAGAAAUACGACUGGGUGAACUGGUCCGUCCGAGCCUUCAACGACAGGGAGCGCAUUUUCUUUUUCAACUGGCUAGCUGGAAAGAAGUACCAUGGAAGUGGAGGAGCCAACUGGUUUGACAUUUUGACCAAGAACAAGAUCAAAGUGGUGGUCUCGUUCUGCGUCAACCCCAAGCCCAUCAACAAGACCCAGAUCCAGGAGCAGAUCGAGCAGCAGAAGCUGAAGGGGAACAUGAUGGCAGUGGCUCUAUCUCUGAGCAAGAGCUUCCCCAACUGCCUGGUCCAUGCUGUCAGCCACUACAAAGCGGUGGUGGAGACCAACAACUUCCAUGAGGAUUGUUACUACUAUGGAAAACAUAAAAGAGCUCACCUGUGUAUCCACCCCGAGUAGAGUCGCGCAGGUGUGCAGCUUCUUAAUGAUGAAUUCAUGAAUGUCUUCACCAGAGACUUGAAUAUAUCUCAAUGAAAUAUAGAAAUCAUUCAUAAAUAUUGUCUCUGUUGAUAUGUAAUCAGCUCUGGGUUCUGCUAUGUGAUCCGUUGUCUUGCAUUGAUUUUUACUCUCAAUUCGUACUGUUUCUUUCCUCUGUUGUUAUAAAAAUGUCCGAGCCAUGCAUCUCCAUGUUGCUUCACAUUACUAUAAUGGUUUGGAUAUUUCUAGGGUUGGGCAAUACAGCUUAGUUUGUCAGGUGUCGGAAACUUUGAUGUUCAUUUAUAAACCAAUUAGCAGGAGCAAAUAAUUAUAUGUUUACAUGAUAUUUGCUUAAAACUUUUGAGCUUAUCCAUCGUAAAAAGCUGUAAAACAAGCGAGCACACAUUGAGAUAUGAUUGCUUUGUCAACUGCAUGUUUCCAAAGUCAUCAAUGACCAGCCAGGCUCAACUUUUAAAGGACUAGUUUGACAUUUGGCUCUCAGGUCUGUACUAAGAACGAAGCAGGAGCUAGCAAACUGCUUAGCUUAACAUAAACACUGGAAACGGGUAACAGACAGCUUGGUUCUUCCCAAACUUAAUAAGAUCCUUUGAAGUUUGCCAUUUAACAUGUGGUUAAUGUUGUGAAGGUGUGAUUUUAACCCAAACCAUAGUUUUCCUUAGAUUGUGGGUGACAAACCUCUGGCCCUUGGUGAAAGUCUUGUAACUUACACCAGAACCACUCCAUCCGACUUUCUUAUGAGGCUCUUUCAGACUAGCGAGUAUUGACAUCGUAGGAACAUCGAUACCAAUUGACACCUUUUUGAAACUGUAGUUUUUGAUAUCCUGGAAAUGAGAACACGUUGAAUGCUUUAAAACCAAAGUAGGCACUGAAUACAUGGAUGCUCAUCAAUGAAGCAGACUGGAAAGUAGUACAAUAAGAGCAGCUACAUUGCUCAGCUUCCCUGGGCACUUCUACGUGUUAGGUCCUUUUGUUUGCAGUCUUUAUGGUAAGCUAAGCUAACUGUCUCCUAGCUCCAAUUCCCUAUUAAGAAUUUUUUCACUGCAGGAUCUUGCAGGAUGUUUAAGGGAACCUUUAAAUUGUAGAAUCUCUUUCUGGGUGGUACUUCUGAUCGGCCCAAAAAACUGCUGAUGUUAGAACUGAUUUUUUUCUGUCCUCUUGAUGUCCUCAUCCAGCAGACAUCCUCUCUAUUCUAACAUUUCCCUAACCUAUGCAAAAUUCACCAUAUAUGCUAACAUAUCUAAUCUUCAUACAUCCAUUAGCGACUAUGUGUCGUUGUUUUGGUGCACUCUGUGUUAAUAUUGUAGUCUAGGCUGUGGGAAUCUGCACUGCAAUGGCAGCAGAAAGGCUGAAAGGGCAAAUGAGGAAGUCAUUUCUGGAAAUAUUAGCCCCACCUCAUCCCCAAGUUCCUGCAGUGAAAAGCCGCCUGCUAAUACAGAUCUAAUAAGCUAACGCUUGGAAACAAAGUCAAGUAAUACAGUCUUCUCAUAAGGAUGGCAUAAUGUGACUGAAAGCUCCACAACAUGCUGAUUGUUUGUAUAUACUGCAAUUUAUCACAAUAGGUAGUGGAUGUUAUUCCUACAUACCACUCAGCUAGCAGGGUAUGUUCCCACAUUGAUAGCUGAUGUUAUCUACAAAUUCUAAGAUUUUUUUUGAGGAAAUCAUUUUGACCUAGUGUUUAAGAAGAUCUGAAAAAUAUUUACUAUUCAAAUUCUGUUCUUAUGAGGUUAAAAGUUAACUAAGAUUUUAGGAAUGUUUUAGCUGCAACAUUCAGAUAACGUUUUGAGAAUGCUGCCAGGGCCACUGAUUACAACAAUUACAACAAAAGGUAUAAAACUGUUGAACCGAUUGUAUACAUUCCUGCUACGUUCCACAGUGUUGCAUGAUUAAGGAACAAGGCCAACAUUGCAACAUUUAGAAAACAUUUGAAGAACAUUACAGCAUAACAUUCUAGCACAGUUACCACCAAACAGUUUUAGAACGUCUUUUAAGAGAUUUAUCUGAACUUUAGGAAGAAGACUCUGACAGCUUUAAGAAAACUUCCUUCUGAAAAUAUUGGUAGAACAUUGCAGAAUUUUCUCAGAACGUUUUGAGAAGCAUAAGGUUGUAGCUGGGUAACUCCACUCCUAGAAAUAACCACGUCUGGAAAAAUAAAUGUAAUAUUUGUGCUGCUUUUGGUGCAGUAUGUAGGGCAAACUUUUCAAAUCAACCAUGAUCUUCAUCAACACAUUCAUGUAUGUUUUACUUAAUUUGUAAUAAACAAAAAAUAUGGA